ACGACCUAUUAUAUUACAUAAUCUGCCAAGCUGCCCAAUCGGGAACUCAGGGUUUAGGGUUCUGUGGCCGCUCGCAGAGCCGCCAUUCCCAAGCGAGAAAACCCACAUUGAAAGUUCGGGGCAUCGACGACGAGACGACGACGACGACGACAACCUCUGUUCUCAACCAUCAUCGCCCAACGACGACCAGCAACCUGUCGACAAAAAUGGCAUCUCGCCCAACCGUCACCGUGGCCAAUGCCGAGGGCAAGCCCAGCGGUGCCACUCACCCUCUGCCCGCUGUUUUCGCGUCGCCAAUCCGUCCCGAUAUUGUUCAGUCGGUGCACACUGGUAUUGCGAAAAACAAGAGGCAGCCAUAUGCCGUGAGCGAGAAGGCUGGUGAACAAACUUCUGCUGAGUCUUGGGGUACCGGCCGUGCUGUCGCCCGUAUUCCCCGUGUCUCUGGAGGAGGAACGCACCGUGCUGGUCAAGCUGCAUUCGGUAACCAAUGUCGCGCUGGUCGUAUGUUCGCUCCCACAAAGGUCUGGAGAAAAUGGCACCAGAAGAUCAACCAUGGACAGAAGCGAUUCGCUACCGCUUCUGCCUUGGCCGCUUCUUCCGUCCCUGCCCUUCUCUACGCCCGUGGACACCGUAUCUCCAACGUCCCCGAAGUUCCCCUUGUAGUUGACUCCAAGGCCUUUGAGAACGACGCCAUCGUCAAGACCAAGGCUGCCAUUGCCCUCCUCAAUAACCUCGGAGCGGGCCCAGAUCUCGUCAAGGUCGAGGAAUCUCGCAAGUUCCGUGCUGGAAAGGGAAAGAUGCGUGGCCGGAGAUACCGCCAACGCCGUGGACCUCUCGUUGUCUACAACCCUGACAUCGAUGGAAAGGAGCUCGUCAAGGCUUUCCGCAACAUCCCCGGUGUUGAGACCUGCCCCGUCUUCGCUCUCAACCUCCUCCAAUUGGCCCCCGGUGGACACCUUGGCCGCUUCAUUGUCUGGACCUCCUCCGCCUUCGCUGCCCUCGACACCAUCUACGGCUCCACCACCGCCCCAUCUGCACUGAAGAAGGACUUCCUCCUCCCCUCCAACCUCGUCGCUAACGCUGACCUCACCCGCCUCAUCAACUCUUCCGAAGUCCAGUCCGCCCUCCGCGAGCCAAAGGGAUACGCCAAGACCAAGAGAUCUGGUGUCCAGAAGAAGAACCCUCUCCGCAAUAGACAGGUCCUCCUCCGACUAAACCCGUACGCUGCGGCUUACUCCAAGGAGAAACUCGGCCAGAAGAGCCUCGAGUCAGGCAAGCCUGAGCGGGCUGGCGAGACUUUCCACAAGAUUCUGGCUCAGGAGUAGGAAUGUUAGGGUCUCUUGUUUCUUCUGUUUUUCCAUAAACAAAAUAAUGUUACAAUUGUGUUUUUGACACUGGAGCGCGGUUUUUUAUGUGAGGGUGUUUCAUUUCAUUUUACUUCUCUUUUCAACUUCCAAUUGUGUCCCUGUUCUAUGUUAGGAUUGCUACACGAACGUAACCAGCAGAAAUGGAUAUGAUAGGGUUUGUUUGGACCAAAUCCUAUGUUUCUGCUUAAAUACUCUCCCCCAUUCCCUUCUUGCCAGUUCACAUAAACAGAGAAGUAGAAAAUGGUUAAAGCGUGCAUAGACGUCAUCAACCUUCAGAAAACUCUGCCGCGCUUAUGGGUAAAAAGAUGAGUUUGUUUAGCUUCCAUGUCAAUGUCAACGGCAACAUAGUGCAUGAAUAGAGCGACGGUUGAAGCCGGGAGAAAUAAAUUAAUAGUCAACGAAACGACACUAAAUCAGGAGGGAGAAGAAGCGGAGAUCGUGGGGUAGGAAUGAAUUUUUUUCACAAGUGUCGAGUACCAUAUUUUUGUAUAUUCCUCAUCUCCUCCAAGAGGCUCACCUCACCUCUACGGCUCUAUUCGGUAGCCAAAUGGUUGUGAGAAAAAGGGGGAUGGUUUCUCCUCCACAUACUACUCACUCUCACUACCACCAUAGCUGGUGAUUCGAUAUUCAUUAUAAAUCCCUCCCCACCCCGUGGUCAGAGUCAGAAAUGUUUCGAGAUCCCGCUCCCGCUUGCUUCUGUGCUCGAAAAUCCAGUUUCUCCAGCCUCCCUCUCCAGGCUCCAAUCGUCCCACUUAGUCCCAAGUCCCUCCAACCAUAGGCUCACAGCUGAGUUGUUUAUUAAUGCCGGAUAAACGCCGGGGCCAGAUGCAUUUAUUUAUUUUAUAUGGGAGCGAAAUUAUUGAUCAAUGCCCCAUUUUCUCGUAAACUUGAUUUUACGCAGGACGGAAGUCGAUCAGCAGCUCCCCCCCCCCACCUUCACAGUCCAUACCGGAGCUAAGAUUGGAAGUACAAACACCGGAUAAAGAAACGAUGUCUCCUUUCAACCAAGGAAGGGGGUGCAAGAGUGAUGGCUCCCGGGAGUUGUAGUUAUCAAGGCAGGAUUUAGAUUUGAGGCUGGUAAAGACGGUGCGUGCUCCUUCGCAGGGACACCAUGGAUACCUUGGAGGGUAAAUAUAUAUAAAUAUAGGAAUUGAAGUACUGAGUAUUCAUCUAGCGCUGAACUUGUCGGCUAAGAUAGUGUAAUGAAAUACUACUGCUGUAUUAGAAUGAAGUAAUUAGGACUUUUGCCCUC